UUGAAACAGACAAAAUAACAAUGGAUAACUACAAAAGUACAUCUCCAAACUUAACUACUCGUGAGAGAGAGCACAAGGACUUAGCAAUGAGUAAGAUUCUCCCAAAUUUUGGGUAAUUGUCCAGGGAAAAUCAAGAAGAAUCUAUUUACAAUGAAAGUCAAACACAAUCUCUUACUCAAAAAUAUUGCUCCUCCUCCGUUAAACAAUGACCUCAGCAAUGAUUUGAGGAAUACAACUUUCUUAAUACACAGGAAGAUACAGAAAAAGCCAAAGAUUACUCCGGUCAGAGAGAGAUCUCUGAAACCUCUUGAUUCUGGAAAACUGAAAUAAAGUAUGCCGAACAAGAAGAACACUCAAUAAGGACCUCCUAGAAGUCAAGGAUUCUGAAGAGAAGAAAACACAAGUAAAGAAUAUAGCGAAAUAAGAAAGUUACACAGAUGGCGAGGACGACUAAUUCUAGAUCCCCUAAUAUUCCUCCACUGAAGAGGCCAUCAGGCGUUACUACUGAUAGAAGUCCUCGGAAUGGUAAGAGCUUAGAAAGUUUCUCGAGCCAAUCUAAGUUCUUGGAGAUCUGUGCUAGCGAUGUGAUUAAAGAGGCUGAUAACAAUUUCUCAAAUUUUCAAAAAUACACUAGAAAUCUAAAGAAGAUUCCUCAUUUUUCCAAGUUUGAUAAAUUUCUCUGAAAAGCAAAGCCUGAUUUCACCCCUGGCGCAAAUACUCAAGAACAAGAGUUGAAAUUGAAAUACAGAAACUAUGAGUUUUCUCCAAGGAUAUUCAACAAGUCUGUUAACCAAUAUCCCCUGAAUGCUCCACCAAUAGAAGGUUUGACUGCGAGCCCAUCCAUGAAUAUUCAGAAGCCGGUUCAAUCCCUCUGCAAAAUGAAGCUAUCGAAAUCAUUUGAAAUGGCACACAAUAUUUCUACAGAAAGAGAAAAUGCGAGAUAUGGGAAAAGAUUAGUCAAUAAUAUCUCAAAUGUUUAUGUCACAUCUCUUCAGAAUAAUGUAUCUGUCCAAAACCAAAGAAAUGCUUUGUUCAAGCAGCUCAACCGAGGAGAGGUUAAGAUGCCUACACUGAAGGAGAACAGUACACAUCAUAAAUCAACCAAUGAGAGUAUCCUUUCCUCACUUGAUAAACAAAUUCACUCGAAAUUUGCUGGUACCAGGAAGGUUGCUGAGAAAAUUACCAAGAAGAGCACUAAUGAUUCUAAAAAGCCUUUUAAAUUAAGGAAAGGAGAAAAAUUCAAAAGAAAUAUAAGAUUGAUGUUAGACAAGCUUAUCCAAUCUUCAAAGGAAGAGAAUGGAACCAAAAAUGACUACAAAAAGGUAUUCGAAAAUGCAAUUCUCAGGAACAGAUAAUUCAAUCACCCUAGGAAUAU